AUGGCCGCCGUGGUUUGGGUCAAUAAAUCCAGUGAUUCAGGGGGUGGACAGUUGCAGCCGUGUUCCCGUUUGUUCACAGGCUUGUCAGAGGGACCGGCCCCGCCCCUGGGCCCUUUGUCUGCCUCGGGCUCCCGGCAGCUAGCAGGUGAAGGAGGGGAGGCCGAGGGAGCAGACCAGAGAGAGAUCGACGAGACGGGGGUCCGAGAGGAACAGAGCCGGCUGAUCUCCCAGAGUGAAGGGGACUCGGCUAAAGGUCCUCCAGAGCUGAAAAGGGCGACCCCCGGGUGCCUUUCACUGCACAAGUGGCCAAAAACGCUGGUCUUGUGA